AUGGCGGGCAUAGUACCACAAGGUUCUCGGGAACCACAUAUGGAUCUCCAACAUUCAGGACAAGAGAGACCAGAUACAGGGGCCAACCUGUUCCAAGUGGUGAGCGGAACCAAGAGAGAAGAGUUCCAGCAGCCCACACAUCAACUCAUCUCCCAGCCAGUCGCAUAUGCUCGUGAACAACCCUCUGAAUCCACGAAAGAUUACCAGGGGCUAUAUCAGGAUGAAAAGAGGAAGCUGGGCGCACUGCAGGCUAGGCUGCAAGAAAAAGAGAUAGAACUGCAAAACGCAGAGCGAGCAAACAAGGAGUUGGUGUUGCAAUUGACAGAGAGCCAAACUGCGCUUGCAGACAUGAAGAAAAUGAUGGUUCUCGCAGGGCGCAAAGAGCCCAAGCCAAUGGACGAUGACAUUAUCAACAAGUUCAUCACCCUCAAAAGUGACAUAUUGCAGCUGGUGAGAGCUCACUGUUCCGCCCCUGUAACACUUGAUGGCCCCAUGCAAGAAGAUGUUGCACCUGAGCUGUCCGAGUUGAUCGUGCGGCACCAUGUUGCUCAUCACAUUUAUAUAGCCGACGGGCUGGUUGAGUGGCGAAACAGGUCGAUCAGCAUGAUCAAAUCCCUGUCCAACUCCUCGAAAUACAGAUAUUCCGCCCACAGUGCGACUGAAAUCUGGCAAAGGAUCGAGCGUUUCUGCCACCACGAAAAGGCAAACACAACCGCCAGGCAACAAGCAAGGCAUGACCUCGAGAGCAUUUGCCACGCAGCCUAUGACGCUGCACUUUCCUUUCGCGAGACCAAGAUCGAGUACCAAUGGGAGCAAGACAUGGACCUUCUCCCUUCUCGAGCAACCAAUUUGGCUUCCCACGAGAUCGUUGGAUCUGUCGGACCAACCCCAAGUCAGGCCCACGAAAUCGAGCGAAUCGUGUUUGGAGGAGUGAUCAGAGGCGACAGAAAAACAGGGCGGUUGAGCGACGGCAAGACUCGCCUCAGUCGAACCCUGGUGGUCAUUGAUCAUCCAUCCAGCACGGAGAAGGUUCUUGACGACUACUCCAACUCUCUCUUAGAUCUUUUUAUGCAACCUGCGCCUUCUGAAGCCUCCCAUAACGCGACUUCAGUAGAACAAACUCAGCAAUUCCCCUCACCUUCUACGCAGCAUGGACUUCCAGACUUUGAAUAUGAGGCCUCUGGCGGCUUGCUCUCCACGAGUAGUCCCAGAGAGCCCACUUCCGACCAGGAAGGACCCUCUGAUAAUGUCUCUGUCCGCUCCGGUGGUACCCAGCGUGGACGGUCCUCCAACACCAGAUGGAUAAGCAGUCGGGACAGCUCUUCUCAAGGCUCUCCUGGUAGUCGCAUCGACGAAUAUGAAAGGGCGCACACACAGUACCGGAAACCAUCCGAUGGCAUAAUCUUCCAGGUUAUCCCAUCCGCGAGAGACAAGAAUUCGAGGGUCUCAAUUGAAAACUUCCCGAACGAGGUUCUCACCCACAUCCUGUCUCACUUGCCUCCAGAGACUUUAUCCUCGAUGAGCCUUGUAUCUCAGCGGUUUCACAAAUUGGUCACCACACCACAUGCAUGGCGCAUUGCGUUUGCCAGAUACUUCCCCAGUGCAGAGGCGUUGGAUGCUGGGCCAAGCAAGGCCGCACAAGAGUCGGUAUCAGAUGUUGAUAGAGCGCAGCGCAGGUCAUUCACGCGGUUGUCAGCCCUUUCAUCAUGGAGAAGCGAGUAUAUCCUCCGAACACGAUUGCUGCGCUCCCUGGGCCGUGGCCGGCCUGCAGUCGAAGCAAUCUCUCGCUCAGGCGCAUCCCGACAUGCCAGUAGUGCGGCUGCAGCUGCAGUCACUACCUACGCAUCCGGCCUGUAUUAUCCGAUCAGCCACCUGCACGCUACAUUUGGGGUGGGCUUGAACAAGAAGCAGCCGUUGUUCAUGCAUGGAGCAGUGGAGCAAGGAGCUGUCACUGUAAGCGAUCCAGCCAGUGGUAAACCUGGCUCUUGGGGGCUGACGGAUUUUGAUGCUUUCAAACAUUUCGCUGAUCAGUUCCCUGGCGAGUUGCCCUAUGGCCUAGGUCCUGGGAAUAUGGUUGGGAUGGCCAAUGUCAUGGAUCUUAGUCAACCUUACGGGAAGGUAUAUGGAGAGGCUUGCCCUGGAGGACGUGUCUUCUACACGUCGACUAGCGAGCAACGUGGACGGUUCGUGUCCAUCUCCUCAACGGCUAAUCAUGCGCUCGGCAUCCCUGAGACAACCAUGAUCGGCUGUGCCGUCUGCUCCGUCUGGAUCGCUAAGUCCGAGUCGGUUCUCAAGGCUACCAAUGGCAUAUUCGGCUUCCUUGCAGGCUUCUCAAACGGAGUUCUAGCAGCCUAUGCUCUAGGUGUCAACCCAGUCCAUGAUCGCCGGUUUGACAAAGGAGAACUUACAGCCAAAUGGGUUCUCUGCCCAGGUGUCCCAAUCAUUGCAAUCUGUGUUGAUGAGAGGGUCUCUACUCGGAGAUUAUCUGCCCGUCGAAUCUGGGCUACUGUCCUGAAUGCUCUCGGAGAGGUGUUCUACCUCACAGACGCUCCUACCAGGCCAGAUUUUGUCGGCAAAGCUUCGCCCGAAGAGCUUGAUCGUCUGGCCUGGAGAACUGGGAGAAGUGUACAGUGGUCAUUGGUGGAGGCUACACGACGAGCGGCGAAACCAGAUCCCUUUGGCACUGCCAAGGUUGACGGGAGUUACAGCCCACGCAUUUCGAGCGACGAAUGCGGCUUGAGCGCAGACCAGAUCGUUGCUGAAACCAAAGAGGUUGAAGAAUUCCUGCUUUACAAACCAAAGCAUUUUCAGAAUAUCUGCAAUGGGUGGGAUAUGCAACGAAGGCUGGUCAGUGAUUUCGCUGGCGAUGAUGGGGCCAAUGCAGGGGAGUCGGUCUUCGUCGUUGAAUGCGGCUUGUAUGAGACCAGCGGGGCUUCGGUACGCCGUUUUACGAGGUGUAUAACCAAGAUCGCCGUCGAUUCAGAGCUGGACAGCUGGCCAACCAUUCAGUCGACCAUCAAGCAGGGCUCGAUCUUUGGGACGUCGAGUCCAACCCAACGAUCUCCAUAUUCCUCUCCGGUGCCGAGAAGUAUCCCAAGGUCGCGCACAUCCAGUCAAGAUGACAUUAUGGGCUCGAGAUCCAGAGAGGUUUGGCACAUUUCGAACUUCUCAUUUGCUGAACAUCGAAACAUUCACAUCUCCGCCUUGGCUUCUGACGAGUCAGAGUUCGCCACCCUGAACGUCAGUGAGGAUCCUCUGCUCGGAAUGUCUGGCGGAUCCAAUACUUCUUCCCCGCUUGCCUCUCCUCUAGGUCAUACUGGGACGUUGAGCUCAAGCUCGGAGAUACCUGGACAUCGUGCACGACUGUUCGGAAUUGGUACAAUGUCUGGUAUAGUCAUGCUCUGGGACAUGCGCGCUAGCCUCUCUCCCAGUCCUGAGGUCGUCAACACCGUCUCGCCGGUCAGGAUCAUAUACACUAAAUCUCCUCAGAUUGCAUCCCUUGCCCUCACUUCGCUGUACGUGGUGCACGGUGGCAACGAAGGUCUAGUUCAAGCAUGGGAUCCCCUGGCAUCCACAACUGAACCGGUAAGGACGCUCAAUUCUCGAUUUUCGGACCGGGCAAGGCGACGCAUCGCUCAAGCUGAAGCUUCUGUUCAAGGCGUUGGAAACAAUUACUAUGCUGCAGGUGCUAUCGUCCUGGACCCGGAUCCAACAGUCUUGCGGGGAAUGGUCUCCCUGGGGUCUUAUGUUCGAUACUGGUCUUACAGCUCCACUGCCGCCGAUGCGUACAAGACGCGCAAGAGGGGUCAGCUUCGUCGCCGGUCAGAGCGUGGCAGUAAUUCUACGCCGGCCAGCCAGAAGGUCAGUGCUACAGGACGGGGAUUAAUCAAGGAUUACAUCAGCAACGAAAGGCAUGAAAUGGAGCGGGAGAAGCUCGUCAGGCAGAAAGAGCUUGAGCGGCUGAGUGGGCGAUUUGGCACCGAUAUCCUGGGUGAAGGCGCCAGCGAAGAGGAGCUACUGGCUUAUGCUACCAUGCUGAGCGAGGAGGCAUUUUCCAGCGAUGAGAGGAAAAGGAAGGAGACUCACGGUGGCAGCUCGAUUGCCUCGCCCAAUCCAUCCCAAAGCGGCGCAGAAAACGCGGCUGAUGCCGAGCUGGAGGAAGCGAUCCGUCUGAGUCUGAUGGAAAGCGAACAGGUGUCGUCCUCUCCGGCGAUGAGCGCCAGUGACUUCGACAUACCCAUCAGAUAUGCAAAAGGCUCAAGACACGGUACACCUUUGAGAAGCGGGAAAGCUGGAAGCAGCAAAGCGAAAGCAGCGGCGCAGGAGGAGGAUGACUUGGAGUUUGCCUUGCGGUUGAGUCUCGCCGAGGAACAAAGCCGGAUGGCCAUGGACGAAGACUUUCCGAUGCUUUCCAAAUCCACAAGUGGAGGAUCUGAGGGCAGUGGCAAGGGGAAGGGCAAGUCAAGACGGCGUUGA